ACGUAGCUUUGUGUCUUUCACUUCCAGCUCCGCUAUUCUCCAUUUUCUACAGAAUUACCAGCCGGUGAGAAAGCGAGAAAAAAAAAGAAAACACCGGAAAAAUGAAUGAAGAAUACGAUGUUAUUGUCCUGGGAACUGGACUCACGGAAUGUAUCCUCUCAGGUAUAAUGUCUGUGAAUGGAAAAAAGGUGCUGCACAUGGACCGCAACUCUUACUAUGGAGGUGACAGUGCAUCCAUCACACCGUUGGAAGAUUUCUACAAAAGAUUCAACAUCCCUGGUACCCCACCAGAGUCCAUGGGAAAGGGAAGAGACUGGAAUGUGGAUCUUGUCCCCAAGUUCCUUAUGGCUAAUGGUCAGCUUGUAAAGAUGCUGCUCUUUACUGAAGUGACCCGUUACCUUGACUUCAAGGUGAUUGAGGGAAGCUUUGUAUAUAAGGGAGGGAAAAUUUACAAAGUCCCAUCCACUGAAACAGAGGCAUUGGCAUCCAGUUUAAUGGGGUUAUUUGAGAAGCGACGAUUCAGAAAAUUUUUAGUUUAUGUUGCCAACUUUGACGUGAACGAUCCAAAAACCUUGGAAGGUGUUGACCCCCACAAGACAACAAUGCGUGAUGUUUACAAGAAAUUCGACCUGGGCCAGGAUGUAAUUGACUUUACAGGUCAUGCACUUGCUCUUUACAGGACUGAUGAUUACUUGGACCAACCAUGCCUAGAGUCUAUCAACAGGAUUAAGCUUUAUAGCGAGUCUCUGGCUAGAUAUGGAAAAAGCCCUUACCUUUACCCUUUGUAUGGUCUUGGAGAGUUGCCACAGGGGUUUGCAAGAUUAAGUGCCAUUUAUGGAGGUACCUACAUGCUGAACAAACCCAUUGAGGAAAUUGUUAUGGAGAAUGGAAAAGUGGUUGGAGUAAAAUCUGAAGGCGAGGUUGCCCGCUGUAAGCAGCUGAUCUGUGAUCCAAGCUAUGUAUCUGACCGUGUGACAAAAGCAGGACAGGUGAUCAGAGUUAUCUGUAUCAUGAGCCAUCCAAUCAAGAACACAAGUGAUGCCAACUCGUGCCAGAUCAUCAUCCCACAGAACCAAGUAAACAGGAAAUCUGAUAUCUAUGUCUGCAUGAUUUCCUAUGCACACAAUGUUGCAGCACAGGGAAAAUACAUUGCCAUUGUCAGCACUACAGUGGAAACCAAUGACCCAGAGAAAGAGAUCAAACCUGCUUUGGACCUUCUUGAGCCAGUUGAACAGAAGUUUGUCAGCAUCAGCGAUCAAUUUGUUCCAACUGACUUGGGAACAGAAAGCCAGAUCUUUAUUUCUCGUGCUUAUGAUGCUACAACUCAUUUUGAGACCACUUGUGAUGACAUCAAAGACAUCUACAAGAGGAUGAUGGGCACAGAGUUUGACUUUGAAGAAAUGAAGCGCAAGAAGAGUGACAUCUUUGGUGAUACCGAACAGUAAAAUAAAGAAAAUCACUCCCAAAAUAUCAAAAGACCAUUAUAUAAAAUACUUGCUGAUUUCAACAUCACGUUGUUGCCACUAAGGAAGUUAAUGAACACAGCAUAACUUUGUAUUGUGGGGCCUGCUUUUUAUAAUCACAUCUUGACAAGUGUUGCACUGAUUAUAGGUUAAAGCCCAUCAUUUUGUUUUUGACCAUCUUGUGUUUGUUUUUCUGACAAAUGGGGUGGUGGUGCUGUCCAAAUAUGCCAAACCUAUCAGAUGUUGAUUUGAUAAACAUGUGAUAUUUAAAGUUAAAAAAAAUAAAUUUAAAAAAUGUAAGUUGUCAGAAGUCCUGUGCAAAUCUUGAACGAUAGUAUUGCUAUGUGUAGGCAAGUGUUAACAAAGGAUAACAGUAGGAGAGUGGAGAUAAAUUAUUAUUAUUUAACGGUUGUUUGGUAACUGGUUAAUUAUUGGGCAGUAUCUCCUCUAGCCUCUCUGAAUCCUCCUUCUUAAUUGUUGGACUAUUAGAGGUGAUGUACCCUGAUCUAUUGUAGCCAAAUAAAGUAUAUAAACUUUUUAAACAAAUAAAACAGAAAAAAGCA